AUGAAAUUAAUAAUUUUAGUGAGUUGUGUUGUUAUGUGCUUUAAUUCAGUUGCCUUUAGCGCUUCAGUUGAUAAAUUGAUUUUUUUACAAAAAUAUGGGUACUUGGAUAGUACACCAACUAGCCCAAAUAAAUUGUCCAGACUUAUGAAUAAAAAAAAUUACAGCGAAGCAUUAAAACGCUUUCAAAAGUUCUAUGGGCUAAAUGCAACAGGAAUUGCAGAUACAGAAACUCUUCUAGCAAUGAAUUUGCCACGCUGUGGGGUAAAAGACCCCAAUACAAGUAAACAAACAAGACACAAAAGAUAUGCUGUUAUGGACCAACCAUUGUGGAAAAAACGAGAUCUAACCUACAACAUUUCAAAAUAUUCCUAUCAUUUAGACAGAAACUUAGUAGAACGUGAAAUAGAAAGGGCUUUCGCGGAAUGGUCAAAGUACACUGAUUUUACUUUUACAAAUUCAAAAAAUCGAAAUGCCGAUAUAGACAUUAGAUUUGAAAGAAGAGAUCAUGGUGAUGGAGAUCCUUUUGAUGGUCCCGGUCCUGAAUUAGCUCAUGCUGAAGUGAAGGAGGAUGGUACGGGAUUAAUUCAUUUUGAUGAUGAUGACAAUUGUGGUGAAGACGAUGGCUUCUUUUUCAAAAUUGUUUUGCACGAAAUUGGCCACGUUCUUGGACUUGAUCACACCAAUGAGGAGAAAUCAGUGAUGCGGCCCAGAGCGGAUAUAACAUAUUCCGAAUUGCAAAGCUACGAUAUCCAAGCGAUACAAGACCUGUAUGAAUAUUCGGAUAAAAAUUCUGAUGAAAAUUUAUGGUUGAAAAAGUUUUUUUCCUGGGUUCUGGAUGAAUCUUUUAAUUAA